AAUUGUUUUAUGGCCAACCAGACCUUUGUGCCUCGUCCCCUCCCCCGCCCGUGCGCUCUAUAAGUUGGAGUGGGUGGCGCCUGUGCUCAAGACCUCAAGCCGAGCCACACAGCGCCAGGGGUUGCCUUUUUUUUCCGGGUUGGGAAUCUCUCUGGCUGUUGGGGUUUGUCAUCCUCAAAAGUUUUGAUGGCGCCGAAGAAAGUGGGGAAGCAAAAGGUCCGGGACCCAGAAGAUGAUUAUAUUGAUUGUCAGAUGCUUGACCAAGACGAAGAUUUCGUUGAAGAAUUGGAGAAUGUGCAACGAGUCCUCAAACAAGAACGAGUGAAUGCGCCAACCCAAGCAAAGGAACGUGGAGAGAUGGUGGGCUCCAAGCCCAUGGUGAUUUUAUUGUGCUUGCAGCUUGAGAUGUACUUGGUCCAAAUGAAAAUCAUCAUUUUGAAGGGCAACUUCGCAUGGAAUUAGGAUCACUUAAUAAGGUUCUGGUUUCUUUUUCAAAUUCACUUGCUUUAUGCAUGAACCUAUUAUAGAUUUGUUGGUGUUGAUUUGUAGUAAGAGCAAAUGUAAUAUUGUUCUCAUCAAUUUCUUUCAUAGCAUGUGUAAUGCGUUAUAACAUCAGUUUCAUUGGAUUGGAAAAGGUGAUAAACAUGCAACCAUUCUUACUCGAUGAUAUGAAUACUUCAGGAGCAAUAGUGGCAUUUGUUUGCACAUUAGUAUUCCAUUAUGUAGUAAAGGAUAUGGUCUGGUAGUCAUUCUUCAUCGUUAUAGUUAUUGUCAAAUGGUGGAAUAUUGCCGCCUAGCAGCUCUGGUUCAUGUGUGUGUGAAAAACAAUAUAAAAUCAUUUUUGUUGCUGUAGAAUCUCAUGAG